UUCUUCUUCUAAAUGGACGGAUCAGGCGAUUGGAUCAAAUUCCGGUGGCCCACGACGCUGGGGAUGGAUGGGGCGUGUUGAGUUAUUGGCUUACCGUCCAGUAGAGAGCAGGCAAAUGGUCGUAGGGCAGGUAUUACUGGGGACGGCCGCGAUGCGCGCAGCAAUCAAUUGGCGAACCAGAAGUCCCUGGCAAGGCGAGCAACGAUCACUGGUUGUUGCGAGAAAGUCCCCCGACACCAAUGAGAUCGAACGGAGAUCUAGAUAUAAACGGUGUUCCUCCAACGGAGAGGACUCGAUGGAUGAAACUGAUGAUGAUGCUGUAUCUAAUGGAAUCGCGAUUGAUGAGCGUUGAUUGCUUGCUUGCUCAGUCAAGAGAAUGAUGAGGAAGAAAGAGGAGGAAGAGAGAGAGAGCGAGAGACAGAAAGAACGAGG